AUGUUAAUGCCUCAAGUUCCUACACAAUUAUUAACCAUUCACCAAACGGGUCAACCAGUUCCAACGUCGGCAUCACCAGCUCUAUCGCCAUUAAACUCAACGUCACCACCGUCAACUCAAACUGAUCCAUCGUUGGCAGAUAAUCCAGAGUAUUUAUCACAAUUAUUGAAAGAUAAAAGACAAUUAGCUGCGGUGCCUAAUAUGUUUAUGCAUAUUGAAAGGUUACUUGAUCAAGAAAUCAAUAAAGUUCGAGUGAAUCUAUUUAAUUUGAGUACUCGUCCAAAAAUGGAAUUACCUGAACCAAAUGGAGAAAAGAAAAUUUUUCAAGAAAAAGUAUUUAUUCCGGUGCAACAACAUCCUGAAUUCAAUUUCGUUGGCCGUAUUUUGGGUCCACGAGGAAUGACAGCAAAACAACUAGAGGCAGAUACUGGUUGUAAAAUAAUGGUUCGUGGUCGUGGAUCAAUGAGAGAUAAGCAAAAAGAAGAUCAAAAUCGAGGCAAAGCUAAUUGGGAACAUUUAGAUGAAGAACUUCAUGUAUUAAUACAAUGUGAAGAUCAUGAAAAUCGUGCAUUAGUUAAAUUAGAACGUGCUAAAGAAGAAAUUAUGAAACUAUUAAAACCAGCGGCUGAAGGCGAAGAUGAUUUAAAAAAGAAACAACUAAUGGAAUUAGCUAUUAUUAAUGGUACAUAUCGCGAACCGAAUCUAUUUCAAAAAAAACUACAACAAUUGCAAUUUCCAAAUAAUCGAAUGCCAAUAGGUGCACCAUUGAUAUUAACACCGCGUAUGCAACAAAAUCUUCUGGCUGCGCAACUUCAAUCAGGUGGAGGACCGACUAUGUUCACGACAACUGGUUCUCCAAAUCAACAAACAUUAACGGCCCUUCCACAAGGUUCACUUAUUCAAACGACAUCAGCCAAUGGUGAACCGAAUUUCGUUCAAGUAUUCGGUCCAUUACAAACGCUUGAUCAAAUGGGAGGAAUGCUUGCUGGUGGUACACAUUUAUUUGAAUAUCCAACACAUCUCGAUCCAAAUCAAGCAGCAUUUCCGUUUCUGACCGGUCCAGCAGUCAAUAACCAAGCAGGUGUAGCUACUAGAACAUCAAACAACAAUGCUGCAGGAAACGUCACACAAGGAGCAGCUGCUUCUUCUGCCUCUGCUCGUUAUCAACCUUACACAAUUCAAGCACCUCGUUUAAAUCGAACUUAA